AUGGUGGAGGACUUAGCAGCCUCCUAUAUUGCUCUGAAAAUGGAGAAUGAAAUUCUCCAGGCCCAAGUGCAGAGGCUGAUGGAAGAAAAUGCUGCCUUGUAAGCCCAGAUCUCAGAGCUCCAGAAGCCCCAAGCAGCCAAGGAGAAUAAAUCACUCCAGAAGCCCACAGUGGCCCAGGAUGCCCCAAAACCCUCAGAGCCCCUGGAUACCCCAGAAGCCUGGGACCAUCCAAAUCCCCCAGAGUUUGAAGAGCCCCAGAAGCCCAGGGAACCCCAGGUACUUCCAAUUGCCCAUGGACUCUCAGCAGCCUGCAAGUCCCAAAAACCUCCAGAGGCUAAGGAGCUCAAAAAGUUCCCAGUGGCCCUGGAGGCCCACAAGCCCUCUGAUAGCAAGGAGGCCCAGGAGGUCCAGAAUUCAGAGCUCCAGGAUCCUCGAAAUGCCCAAGAUCCCCAGGAGACACCAGAAUACCAGGAGACUUCAACACACCUGGAGCCCCAGGAGCCUCUACAGUCUAGCAUGCCUCAGGAGCCCCUGGAUCCUUCAGAUGCCCAGGAGUUCCCAGAGCUCUCAGCAUGCCAGGAGUCCUUGGAGGGCCUAAUAGCUGCUGAGACAUCAGCAGCUUCAGAGUUCCUACAGUACCUCAGUGGGUUAGAGGCUGAAGCUUUACCCUUAGAAUACCCUUUAGACUUCAAUAGGAAUGUCCAGAAGCUUUCUGAGUUCCUGGUUCAAUUGAAUAGCUACAUGAGAGUCAGAGGGCACCUGUAUCCCACUGAAGCAGCCUUAGAGAGUUUUGUUGGUAACCACUUAGGUGAGGCAGGAAGGUGGUUCCAGCCCUUAGUAGAUAUCCAAAGUACCCUGCUAGAGCUAUUUGAAAGUUUCAUACAAGUGCUCCAGAAUACUUCUGACAAUCCAGAGAACAUGGAAGAUGCCAACCACUGCACCCGUAAGCUUUGCCAAAGGGAAAACCUUGUCCACCAGUGUGUGACCCACUUCUACCUCAUUGCUCAAGAGCUAUACUAGGAUGAAAGAACUCUCUGCAUCCAGUUUCAGGAAGGGCUUGCUAGUUCUAUCCGAGAUGAACUGUCUCACACAAGCCUAGCCACCAACCUGUCUGAUCUGAUCACCCAGUGUAUCAGCCUAGAAGAGAAGCUAAGUGGUAAGCCUGAACCAAAUCCACAAGGGGCAAGCCCCUCUGAGGAGAGAGCUGGGCCUGAGAGUUGACCAGCUGAAAGGCCUGUGCAGGCUGCAGGCAAUCACCGACACUUCAGUGAAGCUGAACGGGCCCACUGCCGUAAAGGCCACUUGAGCCUCUACUGUGCUCAUCCUGGUCAUUUUGCCAUAAAUUGCCCUGUCAAGCCUCAUCAUGUCCAGCAGGUGGGAAACAUCCAGGCCCAGCGGUAA